AUGAAAAACAGAACUGUUGUUGGGAUUGAGUUUCUUCAUCCCUGCUUUCAGAUGAAUCUGCUUAGUUACAAACUAACAACUCCUUCUGCUGUGUGUGUAAUAUUGUAUGCUUUCCUGACACUUUUGUCUCUUGUUACAGUAUGUGGAAACCUCCUUGUAAUAAUAUCUAUUUCUUAUUUCAAACAACUCCACACUCCCACCAACACUCUGAUUCAGUCUCUGGCUGUAGCUGACCUGCUGGUUGGUGCUCUAGUAUUUCCUAUAAGUUUGUCAUUUUCUCUUAGUUCAUGUUUCUAUGAAGAUAACAUGUUUUGUAAGAUAAGAGAUGGCUUUAAUAUAUUGUUCUGCACAUGUUCAAUUUUGCACAUGUGUUGUAUUUCAGUUGAUAGGUAUUAUGCAGUGUGUCAGCCUCUAACAUACAAAUCUAAAUUCAGCCUUCAUGUUGUGAACAUCAUGAUUGCCAUAAGCUGGGGGGUUUCAGUUCUUACUGCGAUUGGUGUAAUAAUUUCUAGAUUAAACAUUGAAGAAUGUCAGGACAUGUGCUCUAUUGAUGUUAUGACAAAUAUUGUUGGGCCUUUGAUAUCAUUUUACCUUCCAGUGGUCAUACUGCUUUGCAUCUACCUGAAGAUAUUUGUUGUUGCACAGAGACAGGCCCGGAGCAUCCAAACCAGGACAAACUCUGGACCAACUUUCAGCAAGAUGGAGAGAAAAGCCACCAAAACUCUGGCAAUUGUCUUGGGGGCUUUUCUGUUUUGCUGGGCUCCUUUUUUCCUUUCUUUCACAUUUGCACCUUUUACCAACAGCUUUGUAAUGGUUUCAGUGAUAGAAUCAUCUAGUUGGUUUGCACUGAUCAAUUCAACUCUAAAUCCGUUUAUUUAUGCUUAUUUCUACAAAUGGUUCAGGUCAGCCUUCAAAAUGAUUGUUUCUGGAAAAAUAUUCUUUGGCAACUAUGAUAACUUUAAGUUAAACUAA